UCAGUGUUUGACUCUGGUGGGAUUGUUGCUGUUUGCCAGACUGGUUUGUGCACCUGCUGGGACAGAUUGGGGAGAAUUGGUCAGGUGAACACAGGAGACUGGGCAGACUGGUUGGAGCUGCCAUUUCUAAUGAAAAAAGAACAUUGAAGAAGUAAAAUAAAGAGUUCAGCCUCCUACCCCCAUCAACCAAGUCAUUUUCCUAUGGUUUUCAUUCCACUAUUCAAUGUGCAGCACCUUGCAGCUGUGUUCUGAAAGAUGCCAGUCCAUAUAAAUAAAGUGUAUUAUUAUUAAUAUUAGUGUUAUUAGUUGGAACUGGCCCUUUAAUGCCCCUGUAGCCUGUGCAGUAUGCGUUUAGUCCAUCAGAGGGCGCAUCCUCUCCUCCUGGUCAAACAAACUACUCCCUGGAACCGCGGAGCCACUUCAACAAAGUGCCGGAGACUCGAGACCCAAGUUUCCACCUUUACGCGCGACAAACCUGCACGUGCGAGCGCGUGUUCGAGCUUCGGGAGCCGCACCGAACACCGACGAACGGACUGGGGUCCCCCCUACACCCCCCCAACAAGGUUUUGUUGUUGUUGUUUACGCACGGGGCUCCGGAGCUGGAGCUGGAACACCGGGGGAACCCGCUGAACAUCUCCGACCGAAACGGGAAACGAGGAGAGGAGGACGAGAAAUCACAGGGAAGCAGAACCGUGUGUGCGCGUAACGCUGUUCGUGGGGCGUGCGUAAAAGGCGCGAAGCAACGGGAACAUCCAUCGGAGAAUAACCAACGUUAUAACCGCUGCCUCUCCCCCCCACACUCCCUCCCUCCCUCCCUCCACCCCCGUGUUUCCUCCGGGCAUGUUUCCGCGACACGCUGGGCGAUGUGGAGCCGCUGCUGCGGGGAGCGGGUGAUUCUCCAGCCGCCGCGGACUCACGGUUCCUGCGUUUAAUCUGGAAAUUACCGCAACUUCUUGUUUUUUGGACGCGAGGGAACCGCACGCUGCCGUCGGGGAGCGUGGACUUGUACAAUUGAACCGGACUUGAGAGGCUGUUUUGUGUGUUUGUGUCUCCCUCACAUCGUGUUUGUGUCGGUUCACUGAAAUGUGAGACACCGGGGAAGUCGGUUCAUGACAACCCGCUGCGUCCAGCUGUUCAACCCGCCGCCGCCGCCACCCUUCGCCUUUUUUGUGGAUAUGCUGGGGAAACUUUUUGAGGAUGAAGAAGGUCCCCGGAGCUCGUCUCCGUGUUCCGGUCACGCUCCCGACUGCUGAACCGUGUUUCCACCCGAGUCACGCCGAGGGGACGGGAGAGCUGAGGACAUGCGUGUGGAGCGGGGACACGUCUCACCGUCCUGCUGCCAUUAGUCCCGAGUUGUGAACCCGCCUGGUUAUACCGAGCUGAUUGUGAAUGAUUGAGGACACCCGGAGCUGAGAGGGAAUCGACCCCACAGCCUGCUCUGACGCCGCGAACCGCCGCCCUCAGCCCCGCUGCGAACCAGCUCCUGGACCCGGUUACUGUGCGAGGAGCCCCCCCGGAGCAGCCAUGGAGGAGUGGAGACAAUGCGGCCGCUGGCUGAUAGACUGCAAGGUCCUGCCCCCGAACCACCGGGUCGUGUGGCCCUCGGCGGCCGUCUUCGACCUGGCACAGGCCCUGCGAGACGGGGUGCUCCUGUGCCAGAUGUUGCACAACCUCUCGCCGGGGUCAGUGGACCUGAAGGAGAUCAACUUCAGACCCCAGAUGUCCCAGUUCCUGUGCUUGAAGAACAUCCGGACGUUCCUCAAGGUUUGCCACGACAAGUUCGGCCUGCGCAACAGUGAGCUGUUCGACCCCUUCGACCUCUUCGACGUCAGAGACUUCGGCAAAGUGAUCUCUGCUCUGUCGAGGAUCUCCCAACACAGCAUCGCACAAAUUAAAGGCAUCAGGCCCUUUCCGUCGGAGGACACCGCUCUGAAUGAGGACGAUGUGUACCGGAGCCUUGAGGAGCUGGCAGAUGAACAUGAUUUGGGCGAGGACGACAUCUACGACUGUGUCCCCUGCGACGACGAUGGGGACGACAUCUAUGAGGACAUUAUUAAGGUGGAAGUACGACAACCCAUGAAAAUGGGUAUGACGGAAGAUGACAAGAGGAACUGCUGCUUGGUGGAGAUCCAGGAGACGGAGGCAAAGUACUACAAGACUCUGGAGGACAUAGAGAAGAACUACAUGAUCCCUCUGAAGCAAGUGUUGAGUCCACAGGACAUGGAGGCGAUCUUUGUCAACCUCGAGGAAGUGAUCAGAGUCCACUUUGCUCUUCUGCGAGGCAUCGACCUGAACAUGGUCACCGGAGGAAGUGGCCUCGGGAAGAUCUUCCUGGACUUCAAAGAAAGGUUGUUGAUCUAUGGUAAGUACUGCAGUCACAUGGAAAACGCCCAGAAGACACUGGAUGAGCUAAUAGCGACGCGGGAGGACGUCAAGAUUAAAGUGGAGGAAUGUACCCUGAAGGUGCAGGAGGGGAAGUUCAAGCUGCAGGAUCUCCUGGUGGUUCCCAUGCAGAGGGUCCUCAAGUAUCACCUACUACUGAAGGAACUUUUAAGUCACUCAGCUGACCGUCCAGAGAGGCAGCAGCUCAAAGAGGCACUGGAAGCGAUGCAGGACUUGGCCAUGUACAUUAACGAAGUGAAGCGGGACAACGAGACGCUGAAGAAAAUCGGCGAAUUCCAAAACUCCAUCGAGAAUCUUCAGCAGGUGAAGCUGGAGGAGUACGGGAGGCCGAAGAUCGACGGGGAGCUGAAGGUUUGCUCCAUCGUCAACCGGACCAAACAGGACCGGUACAUCUUCCUGUUUGAUAAAGUGGUCAUCGUCUGCAAGAGGAAAGGUUACAGCUACGAGCUGAAGGAGAUCAUCGAGCUGCAGUCGUAUAAAAUGUCCGACGACCCCUUGAACAACCGAGACGUGAAGAAGUCAAGUGGAAAAAUGUGGUCGUACGGCUUCUACCUGAUCCACCUGCAGGGCAAGCAGGGCUUCCAGUUCUUCUGCAAGACCGAGGACACAAAGAGGAAGUGGAUGGAGCAGUUUGAAAUGGCCAUGUCCAACAUCAAGCCGGAGAGAGCCACGGCCAAUCAGCACAACUUCCAGAUGCACACGUUCGACAAGAACACCAACUGUCGAGCCUGCAAGAUGCUGCUGAGGGGCAUCUUCUAUCAGGGCUACUACUGCUCUCACUGUGGAACAGGGGCACAUAAAGAGUGUCUGGAAGUCAUCACCAUCUGUAAAAUCAAUCCCCUCGACUUGGAACCUGGGAUGUCAUCAGGUCCCAAGAUGGUGGCAGUGAGGAACUACCACGGCACGCCGACGCCUCCGGGGAAGACGCCGCUCAGUUUCCAGACGGGGGAUUUCAUCGAGCUGCUGAAGGGAGACCCGGACUCGACGUGGUGGGAGGGGAAGCUGAUCCAAACACAGAAGAGCGGCUUCUUUCCCAGUUCGUGUGUAAAACCUUGUUUGGACCCGAAGCCCUUCCAGGCGCUAUCGAGCCGGCAGACCUCCAGGGAAUCAGACUACUACGGUUAUCCUUGGUUCGCCGGCAACAUGGAGCGCCAGCAGGCCGACAACCUCCUGAAGUCCCACUGCAGCGGGACCUACCUCAUCCGGGAGAGGACCGCCGAGGCCGAGAGGUUCGCCAUCAGCAUCAAAUUCAAUGAUGAAGUGAAGCACAUUAAAGUCGUUGAGAAAGACAACUGGAUUCACAUCACCGAGGCCAAGAAGUUUGAGAGUCUCCUGGAGCUGGUGGAGUACUAUCAGGCCCAUUCGCUAAAAGAAAGCUUCAAGCUGUUAGACACCACGUUGCGAUACCCGUACAAGUCGAGAGAACGCUCGCUCACACGGGCCAGCACGCGCUCUCCAGCAGCCUCCUGCGCCUCCUACAACUUCUCCUUCCUCAGUCCACAAGGCCUCAACUUCUCCUCAACUCAGACCUCAGCUCCCUUUUGGUCAGUGUUCACUCCGCGGGUGGUCAGCUCGGCCGUGGCCCGGUACAACUUCGCGGCGCGGGACAUGAGGGAGCUAUCGCUUCGGGAAGGAGACGUGGUGAAGAUCUACAGCAAGAUCGGAGGAGACCAGGGCUGGUGGAAGGGAGAGGCCAACGGACGAAUCGGAUGGUUUCCUUCGACCUACGUGGACGAGGAGGGGGGGCAGUAGAGCUGGGAUGUUCGCCGGGCCCGGCUCCUUCUCUUUAAAAAUCAGGAACCAUCUUCUACCUGCUGUUCUCAGAGGAAGUGACUCUCCCCCAGGAAAAAGGACACGAGGGACAAAGAGAACUUCUUCUUUGUUUUUAACUGUUUGUCUUUUUCCCCGAUGGAUCCUCGUGUCCCAGCGAGCCUCUCUGUCCCGCUUGUCUUUCUUCGAUCACGCAUCAGCUUUGCUUUUUUCGGUUUUGUCCUUCUUUUCGCGGGACGUCCUGUUCAACUCGUGUACAGGAAGGAAGAGAGAAAGUGUUUGUCUCAACUGCACAGAUGGACGAUUGGAAAAGCUUUACUAUGAAAAGGACGCCCCCCCCCUUUUGUUGCAGGUCUAUUGUGAGGUGAAAUAAUUGUACAGUAUAGAUAAUUUAUUGAAUAGAGAUUAUUAUCAUUACGGAUGAUUAUUGUGGGGACGUUGAUUUUAGCAGCAGCAAAAGAAUCAGAUGAGAAAAACUAAAAAAAUGAGAAAAGACAAAAAAGACAAAGACGGACAAAGAGACGUUUUCAUGUGGAGAGACUUUUUGCCUUAGUUGUCAUGGUGAUGCCUUGUGGGCUGACACCAGUGGAGGGAAUCAACUUUGUUUUUACUUCUCCAUGUGUGCAUGUGCCCACACACACACACACAGACACACACACACACACACAGAGCCGACCAAUGUACAGUACGGUGCCUUUUGAAGAAUGGUCGUUGCAUAUUGAGCCUCAACAUCUGCCAGUAAAGAACUUUCCCUCCCCCCCCCGCCCCGCCCCGCCGCCCCUGGAACACACAGUCGGUCCGAAAAAAAAAAAAAAAGGAGGGCGGAGGCACUUACACAGCAAAGCGAAGGGGGGGCGGGGUGGGCGGGGGGGGCAGUUGAUCGCCUCCUGAGCCCUGAAAGAACAAGAUGGUGAAGCAUUUAACGCGUCCGAACCGGAGGCUGGACGGACUCUCAGAGACUUGAGGAGAGUUUUUAUAACCGACAACAAUCACACACACACACACACACACACACACACACAGACAGACACACACACACACUGUUCACACCAGUCUCAGCUGUCCCAAGGGUGCAAUCAGCCGGAAUGCGCAAAAAAGGGAAUCAUCAAGACAUUCCACUCGACAACCACUCAACACUUUAAAACAAAACUCUUCGUCGUUCUACUUUUGUUUUUUUGCACAGAAUCAAGAUGAUUAUUUUUUAGUUUUGAGAACUGGACCAUUAAGUUGUUGUUGUUGUUUGUUUUGUUUGUUUUUUUCAUUUGAAGCCAAAUUCUGCCAUGUUUUUUAAUGUGUGCAUGGAUUUCUUAAUGUGUGUUUUUUUUGUACCUUGCCUUAUUUUUACAGCUGAUCAGGUGAUGGGAUUGUUUUCUCCUCGAUUAGAGAUUCAUGGUUUUCACACGUGUUGAAUCCGCUCGGUGCUGUGCAGACUGAUGGACAUUAAACAAUGUCAGCAAGAGUUUUUAAAUCUGAAGCAAAACUGUUUGUGCUAAUAAUUCAUAUAAUAUCCACAGAAGGAGCCCUUGUGACUUUGGGAGUUUCUAGUGGGGGGAGGGGGGGCAGUGCUCAGUGUUUGCAUUUAGAGGCUUUAAUACUUUUUUUACUGAUCACAGUCUUCAGUGGGUUUACAUACAGAUUCCCUCAGAGAAACGAGUUCUAUAGAUAUUUACUGUUUAAGUCUUUCCAUUCCAAGAACAAAAUAUUGACUGACUUCUUACAUUUUAACCCUUCAAUUCCUCAAUAGUAAUUUUACUACGUUUCCCAAAAAACACAUGAAAAGGAAAAGUAGGAUUCGCUAUUUUCAUAAAAUUAAAUGUCCAAAGCAUCAAAGCUUUCAGGCUGAGAAAUAAAUAGCAAACACUGAGCUCCCCCCCCCCCCCCCGAGAAGCACAAAGUCCUGGGGGCUGGGGUGGUGUG